AUGCCACUACUCUCUCCGCUGCGUACGAAGUUCUGGACAGACUCCACCGUCGCACUCCACUGGAUCACAAGCGCACAGUCCCGGACACCCGUCUUCGUUCAAAACCGUGUGAACGAAAUUCGCCGGUCGACAACAGACUCCGCAUGGCACCAUUGUAAGAGCCGGGACAACCCAGCAGAUCUUCUAACUCGCGGGAUUUCUGCUCAUCGCCUACAGAACGAGUCUCUCUGGUGGCAUGGAGCUCCAUGGUUGUCUCAGCCCCGCGGUAACUGGCAUUCCGAGUGGUCCGAUCAUCCUCCGUCGCCACCACCGAGCACUGAGGACGCUCCUCUACCAUCAAUGUGCAACGCUGCGUCAGCAGUACGUCCUCCGCCUGUGUUCAGCUUAGAUCGUUACGGCACUCUCAGCCAAAUGCUUCGAGUCACUGCAUGGGUUGCCAGGUUCAUCAAGAACGCCCAUCCCAGAAAAUCACACAACGGCGACCCGUUAACUGCAUCCGAGAUCGCCGAAGCGGAGCUAUACUGGAUUCGGCAAGUCCAAGAGGCAGUCUUUCACGAAACCCUCGCACUUCUUCGUCGUGCCGAUCCACUGCCCCGCUCCUCACGACUCGCGGCACUGCGGCCUUUCCUGGACAGCGACCAGAUCCUGCGUGUCGGGGGUCGACUAGCUGAGCUUCUUGACUCAGACAGCUUGAAACAUCCUAUCAUCUUACCAAACACGCACCUGUUCACGCAUCACACCGUGAUGCACACACAUGUACGCUUGUGCCACGCAGGGGUCCAGACGACGCUGCUUGACCUGCGCAGUCGCUUUUGGAUCCUGAAGGGGCGUCAGUCAGUGAAGGGUGUCGUCGCUAGGUGCCUCGUAUGCCGCCGCAUGAAGCUUCGACCAGAGCACGCUCCAUUCGCUCCACUUCCGCGUGACCGUAUAGCCGAGUCCGGACCAUUCCAUGUCAUCGGCGUGGAUUUCUGUGGCCUCCUUUAUGUCAAGCAGGGUCCGACUGUCACGAAGAGUUACGUCGCACUUUUUACGUGCGCCGUCACACGAGCCGUCCACCUGGAACUUGUUAGCGACAUGACCACUUCCUCGUUCCUGCUCGCCUUUCGGCGCUUCAUCGCGCGACGCGGCGUUCCAUCCGUAGUCUAUUCGGACAACGCCCGGACCUUCCAAAGAUGCGCCGGUAUCCUCGCUCUCCUGCCCGCCGAGGAUGUGCAAAACUUUGCCGCCAGCCUUCGCAUCACCUGGAAGUUCAAUGUUCCCUACGCACCUUGGUGGGGCGGGUGGUGGGAGCGGAUGAUUCGGACCAUGAAAAGCGCACUGAAGGUCUCACUUGGACGAACGCGUCAGACUUUUGAAGGGCUCACCACGUUGCUCCACGAAAUUGAAGCGGUGAUAAAUAGUAGGCCGCUAACCGGUGUGAGUUCUGAUCCCAACGAAGGGCCACCAAUUACGCCCUCGCACUUCUUAACCGGCGGCAGAUCAAUCCAGCUCCCGGCAUCCCCAGAAGAGGAGCAGGUUGGGACGACGACGCUGCACAGGCUCAGGGAAGAGCAGCUGCAAGCUCUCGCGAUGUUUUGGCGGCGGUGGAAGAGAGAGUACCUCCUCCAGCUGCGCUCCGCCCACGAAAGUUCCGCGGUGACCCAACGGCGUUGA